AUGUUAUCAGCAGGAACCGACACAUCAUCUGGAACAAUGGAAUGGGCACUCUCCCUCCUGCUCAACAAUCCACAAGUUCUAAAGAAAGCCCAGCAAGAAAUUGACGCGUACGCUGGCCAAUCAAGGCUUAUCAAUGACUCGGACUUGGGUCAGCUGCCUUAUCUUCGUGCAAUUAUUAAUGAAACACUUCGCAUUUGCCCGGUGGCCCCUAUUCUGGUGCCUCAUGUGUCAUCCCAAGAGUGUUGUGUUGGAGGCUACAAUAUCCCCGGUGGCACAUUGCUGUUAGUGAACUUAUGGGCAAUGCAAAAUGAUCCCAAGGUUUGGGAAGAACCCACAAAAUUUAGGCCUGAGAGGUUUAUAAGUUUGGAAGGGCAAAGAGAUGGAUUUGUGUUCAUGCCAUUUGGGUUUGGCCGAAGGGGAUGUCCUGGCGAAAAUUUGGCCAUGAGAGUUGUGGGGUUGACAUUGGGGUUGCUUAUUCAAUGUUUUGAGUGGGAAAGAGUUGGGGAAGAGUUGGUGGACAUGACAGAAGGAGAAGGGCUUACCAUGCCAAGGGCUAAAGAAUUGAUGGCCAAGUGUAAACCACGGCGAGAAAUGGUCAAACUUCUUUCUCAAUCGUGA